UCAUUCAGCCACUAGAGGGCGACCAUCAAAUCAAUCGUACAUCCCGCGAGCUUUGUAGAUCUCUCGUUGUUUGUUUACAACCUGGGAACUUCCUGCUUGCUAUUAGCUUUGUUCGUAGUAAGCUAACUCGGUGAUUAGCUAGCUACACUUUACAAGUCAGCUUACAAGAUGGGAUGUGACGGAGGCACGAUUCCUAAAAGACAUGAGUUGGUGAAAGCCCCCAAAAAAGUUGAGAAGGUUGAUAAAAAUGCAGAGUUGGCUGCCCAGUGGAAAUACUGUGCCUUGAGCCAGGAGAAACUCAGACGCCCCAUUGUUGCCUGUGAACUGGGAAGGCUCUUUAACAAAGAUGCUAUCAUUGAAUAUCUUCUGGAUAAGACUGCUGAGAGACCCAAUACUCAGACUGUAGCUCACAUCCGUGGGAUCAAGGAUAUAAAAGAACUGAACUUGACUGAUAACCCUGAGUGGGAGGGAGAGAGAAGGAAUACUAAAGGAGACCGAUAUGAGGACUUCAACUGCGGCAUGUUCAUUUGCCCUGUUGUUGGGUUGGAGAUGAAUGGCAAGCACAGGUUCUGUUACCUGCAGACCUGUGGCUGCGUCUUUUCUGACAGGGCCCUGAAGGAGAUCAAGACAGAUAUCUGCCACAAGUGUGGGGACGCCUUUAAAAAUGAGGAUGUCGUUGUGCUCAAUGGCACUAAGGAGGAGGUUGAGAAGCUGAGGGAGAAGAUGGAAGAGAGGCGGACCAAAGCCAAAACUAAGAAAUCAAAGAAGAGCAAAGCAGCUGAAGCUGUGUCCACACCAUCAGAAUCAAAAGAUGACACACAAGCUCCACAAGUGGAUGUAACCGAGAUCUCACUACAAAAUGGUGGUGAAAGCAGCCAGACAGCUGUGGCCGGAUCCUCCAGCUCCUCUAAAGGCACAAAGUCUUCAACUUCCUCCGCCACCAAAAGGUCCGUCCAGGAAAUGACAGAGAAGUCGGAGGUCUUCAAAUCCCUGUUCACCAGCCACAGCUCUGCCAAGCGCACUAAAGAUCAGACAUCCAACUGGGUCACCCACACCCCGUAUCACUUCUAGUAACUGUCACUCAGAGCAAAUAUCACCAUUUUUAGAUUGCUCCAGAAAUUGUGACCCAUUAAAGACCCAUUACUGAUAAAACCUAGUUCUACAUACCCAGCUCCAACACACAUAUAGACGCACACACAUUGCCUACAUGACCUUUAAUUAUGUCACCAAUGUGUGGACUCCCAAUAUGUCUCUUCAGUCCCCUUUAGCUCAGUAUUUACAUGUUCUGAACAUUUUGUUAAUUGCUCCCCAAGCUGUUCAGACUCUUUGUUUUGUAACCUUCCUCCCACAUGUAUUCCCUAGCAUCUCUGUGUUGUCAGUCACAGGUGCUCUGAGAGUUGAUGCUCGGGUGACUUUAUUAUCUCUGUCACUCUGCUGUCUCCUAGUGGACACAGUGUAGCUUUUCAAAGUGAUCUCUACAUUCAUUUCAUUUUUAUUUACAUGGUUGGAAAAGUAGUGUCAGACCAAAUAUAGGGUUGAUUUCACUCUUUAGUUAAAGCAAAAAACUGCAAAAGAUCUACAUCUAUAAAGUGUGGUCAGUAAUUAUUUUUAAUGAAUGAAAACCGAUCAUUGACCUUCCCCCCCCUCCCCCUCACACACACACACACCCUCAUCAGUAUGAGCUUGGCCCACAUUUCUUUAUUGUAUAAUGUAUUUAACAUGUUUAGCAGAGGACAUUCAAGUGAUUUGUAAUAAUUUCAUGGGUUCUUUUUUUGUCUUGAAAAGUGGGUUUAAAAAUGAUGGUUAACAACAGACAGUUUAAAACAUCUUAUUUAUUUAAGCUUCUGAUACUCAUAAAGCAACAAAAGCACACAAAGCAUAAGACAAACAUAAGUAGCUGUAGUGUAACAGGACAAGAGGAAACAUACUUUUAGCUCAGUGAUCUUCCUCAUUUCUGAGCAUCACAAGCUUCAAUAUUUUCCAAAGUGCUUCCAACUGUCUGCAUAGCCUAAUGUAUCAUAUUUUCUACACACUAGGCGAUUUAAAAAUACGUCUUUCAUAUUUGCAAUUCAAGUCAUUUCUUUUUCUUUCAAGCAAAAGCCAAAAUAAAUUUCUAUUCAAUCCUA